AUGAAGUUUCUACACUAUUUAGAUUUAUUCGGGAUUCCUUAUGAAUAACCCUAUAUGCCAAAUAAAAAAAUAUAUAAAAGCAGUUUUGGUGGAUGUUUCACCAUCACUCUAUAUUCUUUAAGUUUACUUUAUUUUGUGUUUAAGAUUCAUUCUUGGUUAACUGGAGGUAUAAAUCCAAAGAGUACACAGAUAUAUCAAGUUUAAUAAAAUGUUGAUUUAUUAUUAAAUUACCCUUUGAUUUCAAUUUCAUUUGAUUAGUAAACUGAAUAGUUAGAUCCCUUAAAUUAAAAAGAAAAGAUUAUUCAAGCAUAUUUAAUAACUUAGUAAAAUUAAAGCAUCAAUAGUAAUUCAUUGUAUAAAUAUAUGUUAGUUGCCAAUUUUGAAUCAUAAAAUAACAAUAAAAUUGUUAUGGAUAAUUUCAAUUUUUCUUUGAGUGAUAGUUAAACAUCACUUUUUCCUACUUAAACUUUUCUUGCUCUUCAACUUUGUAAUAGAACUCAAUAAGUAAAUUGUGCUUCAGAUGAUAAAAUACAAUAAUUUUUAUAGUAAUCGAAUAUUCUAUAAAUUUAGACUUUCAGGAUUAAGUAUGAAAAUUGAUAUGAAUUUUCUCUAUUUCAAUGCUCAAUUAAAUUAAUAUGAAAGAAUUACUAAAACUUUUUAAUAUGCUAUAGAGACUGAUGUAACUUUAUUAAAUGUAUUUCAACUUUAAAUGUAAAAGAAUAUUAUUAAUAACGGAUUUUUAUUUGACAACAUUAUUGAAAGUCAAGUUAUUAAUGAUGUUUAAAUUAUUACUCAAUCUGUUUAAUAAGAAUAUUUUUCAAUUUAUUUAAAUGGAUUAAUAGCUGUUUAUGAAUUUAAUUUAAAUCAAUUGGUAUAAAUAUAAUUAAUUCAAUUUGCUAAAAUAUCUGAAAUUUUGGCAGAUGUUGGAUCCAUUAUUUCAACUCUAAUGGCAUUAAAAGGAUUAGCAAUAGCAAUGAACACUUAUUUAUUAGAAGAACUUAUAAAUCAGUAAAUUAUCUCUUGUUAUUACCCAUAAUUCAAAGAAUUAAAAAUCAAUAGAAAUCUAUUUGGCUAAAUAAAAUCAGUCCAGCACUUUCAUAGUUAUAUAGAUUUAAUAGAAUUUAAUAAAUUUUACACAAAGGCUAAAUAAAUUGCUUUAAAAAAAAAAAAAAAAAAACAAUUAUUAACUAAAUUUAUGAAAUCUCUAGAUUAUAAUUUUUAGUAUAAUUAUCAAUCGAUAAAAAUAAAAUAUCAUAAUCACAUAAAUUUGGUAUUCCUUUAGAUUUAAACUUUAAUAAUCGUUCAAAUACAAUUGUACCCUUUGAUGAUUCAAUUCAAAUAUCUGAUCGAGAAAAAGUACUAUAUGGAAAUGAGGAUUUUAAUAUUUUAACUCUUGAAAAUAUUUGA